AUGAAACUUGAAAUUUAUAACGAAAUAAUUAGUAUUAUAAGGGAGUAUGAUGGGGCGAAGGUAUGCCCGUGGCGGGAAGUGGAUUCUAUUCUUAAACAACGAUUUCCAGAUGUUUCAGCUGACACAUUGGGUAGCAUUUAUUCCCUUGAAUACCAAAAGAAGAUGAAGAAAAACCAUCAGAAAUUCAGUAAGACUGGAGAAAAAUUAUAUAAAAAGUACCAGAAAGAAGCAGAUUCUGGAGAGAAGCCAGGAAUUCUCCUCCGCCUUGCUGACAGUAUUGAUCUAUCUCCAGCAUUACUUGCACGUAUAAUUUUAGAACAACAUCAAGAACAAGGGUCAGAUGAAGAAGAAGCUUCGAAGAAUACAAUCACAAAACUGAUGAGGGAUACUACAUUAAUAAAAAACAAGGACCUAGCAUAUGAAGUAUAUUUGUGCGUAAUCCAUGAUGACCAGUAUGGACCUGUCACAGACUGCAUUAAACACUCCAUUGGGCAAGAAUAUGAGCUACGUUUGCAAAGAAUGGUAAGAAAUGCUAACAUACCAUUCAAGGACGAAGAGCAGCUGCGAACAUGUGGUUAUGACAAGACACCAGAUGUUAAGCUGGAGUUGCCUGUGGCGGUAGAUGGCUUUGUAGUAAAUUGGAUAGAAAGUAAAGCACUCUUUGGUGAUGAAGCAAACCACAAAACAUAUAUAAAGGAACAGUAUCUUAGUUACUGGAACAGAUUUGGCCCUGGUCUUGUCAUUUAUUGGCUUGGCUUUGUUGAUACACUGGAGUACAUCAGUGAAAAGAGAUUCAUCAUACGUGACACAUUUCCAAACAAUAUUACAUUAAUGGAUCCAAAGAGCAUAUAGCUGCUUGCACUAGAUUUGAAUUAUUUCAACAUAUCAUGCAUCAACAUUCUCUUAUAACCAAGUAGACUAAAGUGCUCUCAUUGAUCCACAUAGUGCUGCAUACUUUCAUUCGCAAGACCAAUUAUGGGGCAGGAUCUUGAUGUGAUUGGAGCCUAUUACAUCUGCCCACAUUCAUCAUGUGCUUUGUGCCUCACUAGUAAUUGCUUCUCAGUGAAACUUGUUGUACAGUAUGGAGCAUAUGAAGAAAGAGGUUGCAACAUCUUGAUCUGGUUGUGUCAUCAAGUUUGUACUGGUUAUGCCACUUAAGAUUUUGGCACAGUACAUGAAGAAGCAAACUUUGUAUCCUAUAUUUUCCAAGCCAGAGUAACUCACUACAAACUGAGUCAGUUAUAACAUUGCAUUCUGCCAACUGAAAAUUUUAAACCAUAACAUGGAAAGAAGCAGAUAUUUGUUAAUAUAUUGUUUGUUCCUAGAGAGUUUUAAAAAAUUUCUUUCAUUUGUUUACAUCAUUUUCAGUUUUAUUUUUCAUAGCUCUAACUGUGGACAUUUCUUUCAGUAAUUCAGUUUUAUGUUAGAUCCUUUCUUGUACUUAUUCUGACAUGGUAAUGGGAGCAGUUGUAAGAAAGUGGUUGAGUAUUGUGAACUUAGUGCCAGUGUCAAAAAAUAAGUGAUUAAUAAAUACAAGGCCAAAUGCA